AUGCGCCGGCCUAACACUCCUUCCUUUGCUCUCCUUUUCUUCGGAUACGCGGCUGCUCAGAAUGCUACUACAGCCAGCACCGCUCUGUCCGCGACUUCUAGCGUCUCAGCUUCCGAGUCGUCUGCCUCUGCUUCGACCGUUCUGACGCCCACGACCACCGCGACUCUCUCGGCGAUACCCUCUUUCAGUGACGCACCCUCGGCGAUCUCUGUCACUUCUUUCACUCAGCCGUCCCCCAGCGGAAUAGUGACGGACAGCAGUGUCGCCAGCAUCCCGUCGACUUCUGCCGCCACUUUCGCCCCUUUUUCUCCCGUGCCCUCGCCGUCGACCGGAGCAUCUAUUCCGGGCGUUUUCCCUGCCACUUCGCCCGACAGCCCUCCGCCCGUCGAAAGCCCCGGGCUUGUCCCGGACUUCUCGGCAGCAUGGGCCGCUGCGUGGUCCAAAGCGCAAGACAAGGUUGCGACAUUGGACAACAAGCAGAAGACCAACCUCACUAGUGGACAGGUCGGGCUCACUGGUCGGUGUGUGGGGCAGACAGGUUCGGUACCGGGAUUGCCAGAUACUGGCCUUUGCCUGCAAGAUGCGCCCAUCGGUGUUCGAAACACAGACUUUGUAACUGCAUUCCCUUCUGGAUUCAACACAGCGGCAACCUGGAGACGGUCUCUCUUCCGUGCGCGCGGCUUCGGCAUCGGGGAAGAGCAUCGCAACAAAGGUGUGAAUGUCGCUCUAGGGCCGAUGAUGAACCUCCUGCGCACACCUCUCGCUGGAAGGAACUGGGAAGGCUUUGGCGCUGACCCGUAUCUUGCUGGCGAAGCGGCGUACGAGACCAUUCUGGGAAUGCAAGCAGCGGGAGUACAAGCCUGCGCGAAGCACUUGCUGCUCAACGAACAAGAAACGUUCCGCAUGCUCAUCUCAUCUCAGGCUGAUGAUCGCACGACCCAUGAGUUGUAUCUCAUUCCAUUCAUUCGUAGUGUCAUGGCCGGUGUCACGAGUGUCAUGUGCUCAUACAAUCAACUCAAUGGCACAUACGCGUGCGAGAAUGAUCGCCUUCUCAACGGCCUCCUCAAGAGUGAAUUGGGCUUCCAGGGCAUGGUUAUGUCGGACUGGCUAGCCACACACUCGACGAUACAAGCCGUCAACUCUGGACUUGACAUGGAAAUGCCCUUUAACAUAUUCCUUGACGGCUUACUUCAACUCGCUAUCGACUUCGGCUUUGUCGCUCAGUCUCGCUUGGAUGACAUGGCUACGCGCAUUCUAGCGGGCUUCUACAUGCUUGGCCAAGAUAACUCGUCAUACCCAGCACUGAACUUCAACCAAAAUGACGUGACUGACGACGCCACCAACGAGCAUAUCGAUGUUCAAAGCGAUCAUGACGUGAUCGUCCGCGAGAUCGCGACCUCGAGUAUUGUGAUGCUCAAGAAUAACGGCGUUCUGCCGCUGCAGGCUCCGCGCAGUAUGGCGGUUAUUGGUUCGGAUGCCGGCCCUGCGCGCAACAAGGGGCCUAACGAGUUUUCUCUGCGCAUGGGCGAAGAUGGCAUAUUGGCGGAAGGCUAUGGAUCUGGGACUGUGUCCAUGACAUACCUUAUCUCUCCAUACGAGAUCCUGCAAUCCCGUGCUCGCUUGAACCGGACCACGUUCGAGUGGAUGUGGGACGACAGUGAUACUUCGGCGGCAGCUUCGUAUGCUAAGCAGAAGGACGUCGCCAUUGUAUUCAUACAAGCUGAUGCUGGGGAGGGCUUCGACCGUCUCAAUAUGGAUCCCGACAACGGUGGAAAUGCGCUUGUGAAGGCUGUCGCAGCGGUCAACAAGAACACAAUCGUCGUGAUCAACUCUGCCGACCCACUGAUUCUCGACUCCUGGAUCGACCUGGCGAAUGUGUCCGCUGUGCUUUGGGCAGGCGUCUCUGGACCCGAGGCUGGGAAUGCCAUCGUCGAUGUGCUGUACGGUGCGGCAAAUCCAUCGGGAAAGCUGCCGUUCACUAUCGCGAAGGAGAAAAGCGACUACAACACGGCGAUCGAGCUCAUAACGGUCGAUUAUAAGGAGGCUCUCAAUAUCGAUUACCGCCACUUCGAUUCCGCUGGUAUUGAACCACGCUUUGAGUUCGGCUUUGGUCUCAGUUACACGACAUUCGCUUACAGUGACCUCUCCAUUACCGCUGUCACUGGCGGGGAGGAUAACGACGCUGACAUCGAGGCGACCUGGGCAAGCGGCCAACCGACGCCGAACGGCGUGGGCUCUUCCACUGCCCUUUGGCUCCACCGACCGGUGUACCAGGUGUCUUUCACUGUCACAAACACAGGCGAUGUUCCUGGGACUGAAAUCGCCCAACUCUACCUCAACCAUCCGUCUUCAGCUGGCGAGCCUCCCUCCAUUCUCAAAGGGUUCGCCGACGUGACAGUCGUACCCGGCGCGAGUGAGACCGUCACAUUACUUCUCUCACGCUUUGACCUGUCCGUCUGGGACGUCGUAAGCCAGUCGUGGGUCAAGCCAUCCGGUAGUUAUGGCAUCACGAUCGGCGCCAGCAGUCGUGAUUCUCGUUUGAAUGGAACGCUCUCUAUUUAG